AUGAGAGACUUAAUUCAAAUAAAUCCAGCCUUACAAACUAUUAUUUAAAGUAUUUUAAUUCUUAUUUUGAAAUAAGUAAUUUUUCUAAUCAUAACAAUAGACUCUAAUCCAUUAAUUAUACUAAAUAAAUUAUACUUACAUUAUUUAGGAGUAAUCACUACAACUGAAAUAAACGUAAAUAAUUUUGGAGGAGUAAAUCCUUUACCAUCUGUUAUAGCUGAUAAAAAAAAUUAGAAAUUUUCAGAUUCUAUAUUUUGUUAUGCAUUUAAAGAAGAAUUUUAAGCAUAAAAUACUGAAUCAAUUUAAGAAGUCACUUUUGCAGAUUUUUUGGCACCUCUUGGAUAAAUUGUUCAUUCAUAAUUUGAUGAAAAUAAACCUUUAUUAUAUGGAUACAUAAUAAAAAGUCCAAAGAUACUAUAUUCAUAUCCAUGUUAUUCUUAUGGUGAAUCAUUUGAAGAAUAUGUACCAGAAUCAAGACCAUGGUUUAAAUUGGCAUAAAAUGCAUCAGAAAAAGUAGCUGAAAAUUUAGAGUAUGAAUAUUCAGUAUCAGAACCAUACUUAUGUAAUAAAUUUUAUAUAUAAAUAAUAGUUAAUUAAGCUAAAUAAAUUGGGAUUACUUUAUCAUUACCAUUAGUAGAUCGAAAAUUAAGGUUUAAGGGAGCAUGGUGCAUGGAUAUAUUUCCUGAAUAUUUAAUAGUAAUUACAGAAAAAAUGACAUCUUAAUUUUAAAGCAUGAGUAUAAUGAUAGUGAGUACAGAAGGUAUGAUUAUUAAAGAUGAUGACAAUAAAAAUGCAUUUCCUGUUUAUUUUUAUAAUGAAAGUAUUACUGGAUUUGAUAUUAAUUAAUGGUAAAAAUUGAAGGAAAGUGAUUUAUAGUAAUAUCAAUUUUUAAAUAGUUUAAAGGGGACUCAAUAAAGUAUUAUAAAGUUUUAUUUGAAGAAGCAAUAAUUAUUCAUUUUAUUGUAUUAUAUAUAUUAAUAUAGAUUAGCAUUAUUGAUUCUAAUGAAUAUAUGAACUAUCUGAUGGAGUAUUAAAUUAAUUAACAAUAAAAAAUAAAUGAUUUCUUACAAAUCACUUUGAUACUUUUAUUGAUGACUUUCUUUUUUUUAAUAUUAUUGGCAUAUUUGAUAAUUACAUUUUUGAUAAUGAAACCAAUAGAAGAUAUAAUUUGGUUUUUUUAAGUUAGAAAAAGUAAAUCUUUGAAGGAGAAGUAUCAGGAUUUGUUAAAGACAAGGUUUCGAUAUAGGAAUCAUGUUUAUAUAAGUCCUACUAUCAAAGUUUUAUAAGAGGCAGCUUAUAGAUUAAAUUAUUGGAAUUUCAAAAUAAAGAAAUAAAAAAAUGCGUAAUGUAAUUUGUUACAAAUGUUCUAAUUUCCUAAAAAUAUAUAUCGUCAAAAGAUAUGUUUAAAUGGAUCUAAAUUAUUAGACUUGAAUUAAAAUUUAGAAUAAUAAGAAUUUUUAGGAAUGAUCAGAUUAGGCUAUGAUUAGAAAUGA